AAAGUUUUCCCCUGUUAUACACUGACCAUCAGUCUUUCCAUCCCAGCAGAAUUUUUAGCAACGAAAUGUUCAUAUCGUCGCGUGUUCUUCCUAGCUUGCUAAUGCUGGCCCUAGGGGUCGUAUGGUGCGCGGAACUUCCCAAACGGGACUGGUGGGAGAAAGCCGGGUUCUAUCAGAUAUAUCCGCGCUCGUUCAAGGACAGUGACGGUGACGGGAUCGGUGAUCUGAACGGAAUCACUUCCAAGCUGGCUUAUCUGAAGGAGAUAGGGGUCCGGGCGUUUUGGAUGUCGCCAAUCAACAAGUCGCCGAUGGUUGAUUUCGGGUAUGACAUCUCGGACUAUCGGGAUAUUCAGCCGGAGUACGGCACGAUGGCGGAUUUCGAGAAUCUGGUGAAGGAGGCCAAACGAGUGGGUUUGAAGGUGAUUAUGGACCUUGUGCCGAAUCAUUCCAGUGAUAAGCACGAGUGGUUUGUUAAAUCGGAGAAUCGUGAUCCGGAUUACGAUGCGUAUUAUGUGUGGCAUGAUGGAAGAGAUAAUCCUCAGGGUGGGCGGAAGCUUCCUCCGUCAAAUUGGAUACAGGCUUUUAGGAAAAGCGCUUGGCAGUGGAGUGAAAAACGGCAGCAGUACUAUUUGCACCAGUUUACGGUGGAGCAGCCGGAUCUGAAUUACCGGAAUCCGAAAGUAGUGCAAGAAAUGAAAGACAUUAUAACAUUUUGGCUGGAUAAGGGAGUGGACGGGUUUAGAGUGGAUGCUGUUCCGUUCUUGUUUGAGGUUCUACCCGCGGCAAAUGGCUCAUUUCCGGAUGAACCGGAAAGCGGGUUGACUCAAGAUCAGGAUGAUUUUGACUUUCUGGAGCAUGUUUACACACAAAAUCAGCCGGAAACGCUAGACAUGGUAUACCAAUGGAGGGAGCUGGUAGAUAAUUAUCAGAAGGAAAAAGGCGGUGAGACGAGAGUUCUUAUGACCGAGGGUUACACGAGUUUAGAGGAGCUACGCAAGUAUUAUGUUAGUGCGGCGGGUCGUUUGGGGUCACACAUGCCUUUCAAUUUUGGGAUGAUUAAUGAUUUAAAGAUUGAUUCUACGGCUGACGAUUUCGUGGAAGUGGUUCAGUCGUGGAUGAAUAUAGUACCGACGGGACAUGCAGCCAACUGGGUGAUGGGAAACCAUGAUCGCCCGAGAGUUGGCACGAGGUUUGGCCAAUCACGCAUUGACGCAAUGAACAUGAUCAUACUGAGUCUACCGGGAGCCACGGUUACAUACCAAGGAGAGGAGAUCGGGAUGACCGAUGUGUACAUAUCAUGGGAGGAAACUAAAGAUCCGGCGGCAUGUAAUGCUGGCGAAGAUUUGUUUGCGGAGAAGUCAAGGGACCCGUGUCGAACGCCAUUCCAGUGGGACAGUUCGACGCUGGCUGGAUUUACUAAUGGAAAUACAACGUGGUUACCGGUGGGGCCAGAUUACCGAACAAUCAACGUACAGGUUCAAAAUGGACUGGAGAAAAGCCACCUGAAGGUGUACAAGGCAAUGAUGCGACUUCGCGAGGGUAAGACGUUCCACUAUGGAUCCGUCAAAGCCAGAGCAGUGAACAGGAAUGUGUUCGCCAUCGUGCGUGAACUGGAGGACUACAAUACGUAUAUAACGUUGGUGAACUUAGGGAGUGCUAUCGAGACGAUUGACGGAAUUGGUCUAGCAAGUAAAUUGCCGAAGAAAUUGAGGUUCGAAGUGGUGGGUGUCAAUUCGCAUCAUGUUCGAGGAGGAGCAGUUGCAACCAAUGACAUAUUAUUGCUUCCAAAUGAAUCAUUCGUACUAGUCGCAAGAGUUGCACCGGUUGAUCGACUACAAGAAUCAAUUUGCGAAGCAUGGCUGGAACAGUGAUCGAGAGAUGUUCGAAGAA